ACGAGGUACGCAGCCACAGAAGAAUCCGAAAAUCGAUUCGCAGGACGAGCCGUAAUGAUACAUAUCAACAAAUGAGGAAGCAUUCAUGUACAUGGAGGCUGAAUGCCCGAAGUUAAACAACGGCCAGUAUCUUUGUGAAGAAUAAUUACAUCAUCAACUGCGAACACAACCUGACUGCAUCCAGCACUUCAUUAUGACAAAAACCUUACAUAAAGACUGCAAUCUACCAACCAUUCAUCUCCAGAAGGAAGCCAUGCAAGAAUUAGACAGCCGCCAAUACAUCUUAUCACUCCCAAAACCUACAAGAGUACAAGUAAGAUGUGACAGAGAGGAUUUUGAGACUAUACAAGGCAGUUACCUCGUUACCAUUCCUAUUAAUUGCCUACUACGCACUGAAGAAUUCACCAUCAUUAAUAGUAACGAUGAAAUAAAAGGAAGACCUCUGAAAAUUCUUAACGUACCAUAUGACGUUGCGGCGCAGCAGCCAGUUUACAUACACACAAAUGUAAAUUCUAUUAACUUAGAAGAAUUGCACACUAUUCAAGACGAAAUCAUAGCUGAGCCGUCCAUACAACUGAACAAGAUUCCUGACACAAUAUAUCAUACUACAAUACCAUUCUACGUCAUACUAUUUAGUAUAAUAGUACUCCUCAUACUACUGGUAACCAGACAUUAUAAGAAACACAAAUCUAAUAAACCUGAACCAUUCAGAACAGAAAAGGAUCAUAGAGAUGCAAUUCCAGUUAACACCGGAGAUCACGGCAAGAUUCCAGCAACAUUUUCACUCAACGUUUUAAAAUAGUUGCUGCUCUAUGGGGGGACGUGUUACAAUACAUAGACACCUUAAUAUCGCUGAUGAAGAGCGACCUAGAUUCUACAUGGACUUUGGUGUGAACCAAACGCGAUGCUACAACGCUGAUGCAGCGGAACGUGCAUUAUAGUUAUA